CAACAUGCUUUGCGCGCCUUUGUUCAACCCGGAUCUUUUUGACGAUGGCGGCAAAUACAAGCUGCGGCAGCGAAUAAACUUUUAAAUGUAAACAUCCUCCGCAGGCUAGACUGUCCCAUUAAACAACGGGUGACGCAUCCGGCCUUCUGAGGCUGCGUAGUCCGGGCCCUCCGAAGGAUGCAGACCCUGAAUUGGAACACAGCUUGUUUGCGCUUGGAACCAACGCCGUGCAUCACCCGGUCCAGCAGGAGGCGCUGCAGUCAAUCAGCUGCUGUCAGCUCAAGACUUCCGCGCAUGCGCUGAGGCGUGCAUUCAUCACGUGCUAGCUUGUGCAGUAGUUGUAUUUAUCAAACGAACACGUUCGCCUUUGUUUUGGUACUUUUCAAGUAAAAAUGACUCCUUAAUGUAAAUGUCCUGAUGGCAUCUCCUGCUGCUCGCAUGUUUCGAAGGUUAGAUGGUUUGUUUUGUGUCUACAAACCUUCUGGUAUGCCAUGGAAAGUCGUGAGGGACACCAUCGAGACCAAGCUCCUCAAAGGUUUGGAUGCUUUGCCAUCGCUGCCUCUCCCUGAGCAGAUCCGCUUUUUGGCCCAACCAGGCAGCAACGCUUUGACGCCCAAGAGACUGUCAGCAUCCUCUGUCCCAGUCUUGUCCAAACACCCUCUGGUGACUGGGAGUGAAUUCAAGCAUAUUCCAGUCGGUGUAGGACAUCGCUUGGAUACAUUAUCUUCUGGUGUUAUUGUUCUCGGUGUUGGGAACGGAAACAAAGUGCUGAAUGGCCUCCACAGCCUGCAAGUAACAAGAGAUUACACAUUGGAGGGCGAGUUUGGCUCCGCUACUGAUGACUUCUCCCACACAGGACGUAUUGUGGAAAGAUCCACCUAUGAUCAUAUUACGCAAGAUAAGCUGGACAGAGUUUUGGCAAUGCUGCAGGGAGCAAAUCAGAAGGCUUUGUUAACGUACGCCAAUGUAGACAUGCGUUCCCAGGAAGCCUACGAGAUGGCUGUGCAAGGUUUACUUGGCCCAGAGGGGAAGUCACCGCCCAUUUUGACGGGCCUGAGGUGCAUUCGCUUCCAGCCUCCAAACUUCACUCUGGAGGUGCAAUGCCUAAACGAAACGCAGAAAUACCUCCGCAAAGUGGUGCACGAGAUCGGACUGGAGUUGCGCAGCACGGCCUUCUGCAAGGGAGUUCGCCGUACGAGAGAUGGCACUUUCACCCUGCAGGACGCUCUUACCCGCGACCGCUGGAAGCCCGCUGAUGUCUUAAGCGCCAUCCGACAGUACCACGCUGGUCACAGACAAAGGAAACAAGAGUACAAAGCCCAGGAGCAACAAGACGCUACCACCAGAGAAGAACUGCAUUCUAAAUGAAGCUUCUCUAAAGACGAAGGUAUGCUGAAAAGCGGAUGUGACAAUCCCGGGAUUGGAACUUAAGGAGUACUUUUCGAUAUUGUUGUUCUGUUGGAGGCCUGAUGAUGCCAUCGCAGGACUAGUUGCUCUAAGGGAGGACACCGUUGGCUUUGUCUGUUUUGGAAGUACGACCACAAGGACACACAUCAAAUAGAAGAACAAGAGACAGUUUGUAGUUUAUUAAGCAGUUACACAUUUAGUUUGCAACACAAAGAAGGUACAAUUUACACCAGGGUUUUAUUGCCAUGAAUUAUUCAGUGACCUGCAUCUGUAAUAUAGCCGCCACUAGGUGCUUUGUUUUAUCACUCUAUUUCAAAAUAUAUUUAUCUAAAAAAUCAUAUGUUUCGCAUGACACUACUGUCUAUAUUAGUCAAAAAUAUUUAUAUUGAGCACAUUUUAGUCUCUAGGAAUUCAUGCAAACUCCACCAAUUCUGCGUAGUAUGUGCAACCUAGCAACUUUCCUCCACAUUUUUCCAAAUCAGCGCAAUUUUUGCCAAUCAAAUGUCUUAGCGGCGCUCAAACGCGCACGUCAACUGUCUAGUCAAAACUUAUGUUUGUUUCUUGUGUUGAAGAAAUUGUCGAUCCAGGGUAAGCCAAGAGACAGCAUUUACAUUUGUUAGAGAUGUUGAAGUGUGAUAUCUCAUUGGCUCUCAUUUACCAUGAACAUUCAGUGCUAUAGAUUGGUCUCAACGUGCGGAGUAAGUGUUGGACCAUAAACACAUUUUUAAGAUGGACAAACACCUAAAGCUGAACAAAAAAUAAAAUUGACAGAACAAGUGUAAGUUGCAGACACGACACAAAGGAAGCCUUUGGUGGUGUUUCUAUCUGUAAUUAUAAAUAAUGAAAACAGUAUGGUAAUUUGACAAUGAGUUCUGAGUAUGUUUUUACUACCACUGGAUGUUUACUUUUAGGUCUGUGCUGUAAUAAAAUGAGGAAAACAUCAAUACCGUAUUUGUUUACAAUUUUUGUUGUAACCAUAACCUCAAAAACACAAGAUUGUAAGGAACACUUAAAAACAGUAAUAGUACAUUCCUAAAAUCACAAGUUGAUUCAAUGUUAUUAAAAAAAAAAUGCCACAAAAGAUUGCAACUUUUGAGAAAGCUGCCACAUCAAAAUAGCCAAAUGUUACCUGUUUUUGGUCUAAAUUGAGCAUUCAGCAUAACAAUGGCUAAAUUAACUAAAACAAUUUUUAUGCUGUGCAAUAUAUUACAAUACCUAUCAUCAUUGAACAAUUUACUGUAUUUUAACAGGUUUGUGGUUGUGGCUCGGUUAGUAGCGCGGCCGUGCCAGCAACUAAAGGGUUACAGAUUCGAUCCCCGCUUUCGCCAUCCUAGUCCCUGUUGUUGUGUUUUUGGGCAAAACACUUUACCCACUUGCUCCCAGUGCCACCCGCACUGGUUUAACUGUAGAUAAUGGGUUUCACUAUGUAAAGCGCUUUGAGUUUCUAGAGAAAAGCGCUAUAUAAAUAUUAUUCACUUCACAAUAAUUCACUUUAAAAAUAUUUUAUGAGUAUUACUGUACAAUGUCAUACAUAUUACAGUAUGUAUUUUAUAUCCACUAUUGGGUAAAACAAGUGUAAAUGUGACUAUAUGUGUGUUACUUCAUGUCGAGAGGACUAAUAGACGUUUUAUGCUCUAUGAAAAUAUUAAAUAAAUACGAUUUUUUUACAUCGCAGAAAUUCACAUAUACAGUAAAGGCCAAAAGUUUGGACACACCUUCUCAUUCAAUGGGUUUUCUUUAUUUUCAUGACUAUUGUCACUAAACGCAUCAAAACUAUGAAUGAACACAUGUGGAGUUAUGUACUUAACAAAAAAAGGUGGAAUAACUGAAAACAUGUUUUAUAUUCCAGUUUCUUUAAAAUAGCCACCCUUUGCUCUGAUUACUGUUUUGCACACUCUUGGCAUUCUCUCGAUGAGCUUCAAGAGGUAGUCACCUGAAAGGGUUUUCACUUCACAGGUGUCAUAGUUGUGAUGCCUUCAGUGACAAUCUACAAUGUAAAUAGUCAUGAAAAUAAAGAAAAAGUGUUGAAAUGAGGUGUGUCCAAACUUUUGGCCUGUAUUGUAGGUCUGGAAUUAAUAGCGAUAAACGAAAGACGACUUCAUAUGCACACACAGUAGAAUAUUGUACAAAUACGUUAUGGCCACAACAAUGCAAAGAACCGUUGACAAUACCCAGGUUUUUAACUUUACGUACGAGGGCUCUAAAACAACUUAAACCUAGAAAGCCAGCUGGCUCAGAUAAGUUGGAGCCGCUCUUCCUAAAGUUGGCAGCUGAAAUUAUAACUGGACCACUGACUCACAUUUUUUUUCAUUUAAAAAAAAAUAUUUUUAUUGAAUUUUACAGUUAAAAUCACAUUUAACAUUCAUACUUUGCUCACUCAAAGCCUUCAUACAAUCACACAUCCACUCAUACACACUCACAUGCACACUUGAGGAGAGAGGUGCACUUAAACUUGAACAACUUAAGGUUUACAGUAUAAACAUUAUUAGAAAAGAUACCCAGAUAUUGUAUAUAUAUAUCCAUCCAUCCCGCUCCGGCUCAGGAUCAGCAGGCUAUCCAGACCAUAGCAAGAUGGAUGAACAUUCCUCGGCAUCAAGGAUCCUCAGGAAGUGAUCCCAAGAUCACCUCUCGAGGACCUCUGCACCGUUCACACUUAAAAAAGAAAAGGAAAGUCACAGAAGUUGAUCAGAUGCAAAACAAUACAAAAUAAAAAGUCACAAAAAAAAUCAAAAUAAAUAAGCAAGUAAACCGUGGCAAAGCCAUAUCAGAAGUAACAAAAAAACAAAAAAGACAAUAAUAGUGUAGGAUCAAUACAGAAAAUAAUAAAGAUAAUAAAAAAGGAAUACAACUACAAAAAAGAUGGCAGUUUUUUUUCUUCUUUUUUUUUCCUUAAAUGUCUAAAUUAUGAUUCAAUAUAUGUCAGUAAAGGUUUCCAGGUUAGUUCCCAUUUAUUCAUACUUGCAGAGUUUAUAAAUCUUAUUUUUUCAAGAGUCAUUACAUUCACAAGUUCAUUUAGCCAGUUCCUGAAGUUGGGUGCAGAUGGGCUUUUCCAGUCUUUGAGAAUGAGUCUUUUGGCCAAGACCGUCCCAAGCAGCAACACGGCUGUAAUAUAUUUUGGAAGUUUUUGUGUUUCUGAAGACCACCCAAACAAGAUUAUAUCCCUGUCAGGGACACGUUUUCUCUGAUAUACCCCCCGAGUAAAAAAAGAAAAUGCUGGACCAAAAUGAUUGAAUAAUUGGACAUUCCCAAAACCAAUGAGACAAUGAUCCUUCAGCAGAUUUACAUUUAUCACAAAGUGGAGAUGUAUCAGGAUAAAAUUUGUGAAAUAAGACUUUGGAGUAGUAAAAACGAUGAAUCACUUUGAACUGUAUGAGCCUAAAUCUGCUGUUAAUUGAGCAAUUGUGAAUUUGAGAGAGUGUCCGUUCCCAUUGCUGUUUGGGUAUUGUUAUUCUUAGUUCCUGUUCUCAUGCUCUUAUAACACCGUCUGCUAAUGUCAUGGGCAUAAUGAAGCAGCUGGCAGAUUUAGCGAUAAGCUUUUUAUUUGUGGGUGAUAAAUUUAGUAAUUCUAAGAGAGGGUGUUUUUCAUUUACCAGCUGAGACUUUGAAAUGUUUUCUUUAAUACAUUUUUUUGCCUGCAAAUAGCAAAACCAACUGAAUUGGGACAAAUUGAAUUUGAUUCGCAAUUGCUCAAAUGACGCAAAACUGUCCUCGACAUACAUGUCUUUUAUGCAUUUAAUUCCAUUUAAGUACCAGUUUAAAAAAUUCUGUCUGUUAUCGAUGGAAUAAAUGCAUGAUUGUGAGACAUUGGUGAAUACAUAGUUACAUUGGAAAUAUUCAAAUGUUUUUUAAUUUGAGAAAGAAUUUUGAUAGAAUUUCUUACUGACUCACAUUUUUAACCUUACUCUAAUUUCAAAAUGAAAUCCCCUUGGAUUGGAAAUCUGCCCUUGUAAUCCCCCUAUUAAAAGGAGGUGACCCUAGUAAUCUAAAUAAUUACAGACCGAUCUCUAAACUCUCUGUUCUGGCAAAAGUGCUUGAAUCCCUUAUCAGUGAACAGAUAAAAGAUUUUUUGGACAGCAACUUUAUUCUGUCACCAUUUCAGUCAGGUUUUCGCAAAAAUCACAGUACUGUUACUGCUGCUAUGAAGUUUAUAAAUGAUGUAACUGAAGCUCUUGACAAGAAGCAGUGCUGUCUGCCCCUCUUUAUUGACUUUUCAAAGGCAUUUGAUACUGUUGAUCAUGUCAUUUUAAUUAAACGUCUUUCAGCUAUUGGUUUUUCUCAGCAAGCAGUUGGAUGGUUUUCAAAUUACCUCACAAGUAGAACUCAGGCUGUUCAGAUAGAAGGUUCCUCCUCGAACAGUACUGCAAGUGAAAAAGGGUGUCCCUCAAGGUUCUGUGUUGGGCCCAUUAUUAUUCACUAUUUACAUAAAUAAUCUUGGACAGAAUAUUCCGAACUCAACCUUCCAUUUCUACGCUGAUGGUCAUAUACUUGGUCAUAUACUUGGUCAUAUACUGCACAGCACCCACUCCUGCUGAGGCCUUUAAAUAUCUACAACAUGCAUUUGACAGAGUACAAGAACAACUUUGCUAUCUUCAACUGGUUUUAAAUGCAGAGAAAACAAAGUGUAUGUUCUUUACCACAUCAAAAACUGUAAGAUCAGCACUGUGGGAGAACAUUUUAACAAGAAAUGGGCAACAAAUUGUGUUAGUAUCUUCUUUUAAAUAUUUAGGAUUUUUAAUUGAUGACCACUUGAGUUUUAAGGAGCACAUUCAAUAUAUUGUAAAAAAAACAAAAAACAGAAACUUUUACUGGGAUUUUAUUAUAGAAACAAGUCUUGCUUUUCUUUUACUGUGAAACAGAAAUUGGUGGAAACAACCUUUUUACCUGUUAUUGGCUAUGGAGAUGUUUUGUACAUGAAUGCUACUGCUGGUUGUCUCCACAAGCUGGAUAGUGUGUACCACGGUGCACUGAGAUUCAUCACCAACUGCGCUCCCCUUACUCACCAUUGUGUGUUAUACUCAAUGGUUACUUGGACGUCUUUAUGUGCUCGACGCCUCAAUCAUUGGUAUGUGUUCAUCCACAAAACUAUUCUGGGUAUCACCCCAUCUUAUCUGUCUUGUAUUUUAACAAAGAAACACGGAAGUCACAAUCUUGGUUCAAUGGAUGUUCUGCAAUUUGUCGUCCCCAAAGUAAGAACUGAACUGGGCAAGAAAGCAUUUAGGUUUUCAGCACCGAAGGCUUGGAAUAACCUACAAUCAAAUCUUCAACUUCAAACCAAAGGAUUGCAGUCUACCUUGUCUGUAUGCACAUGUAUUAUGUGAGCAAGUUGUAAUGUUGUAAAUUUGAUGUUUUAUGUGUUGUUUACUGUUUUUAAUGUAAACUUGCUGAUGCCCUCUUUG